UCUGUUCUGUUGCAGAGAAGCCAGAGAUUCGAGGAGUCAUGCACCAUAUUUUCAGCAUGGGUUACUGAAUCUGCUGGAAAAAAAGUUGCAGAGGGAUCUGAAUCCUGGGAAAUCCAUUAGCGGAGAUUCGUAGAUUCACGGAUUCCCAGAACUUGCUCUCAGACCUCUUUUUCUCGUCGAUCCAACCAUGGUUUUCAGCAAGGAAGCGAGCUCGUCCUCGCAUGGCCUCAAUCCUACGUCACCAGAAGAAACGCCACUCCUUCCCAAGCUCAAGCUUCUGUCGUCUCAACCUAAGACCUUCGCCAACGUUUUCAUAGCCGUCGUCGGUGCCGGCGUUCUGGGUUUGCCUUACUGUUUCAAGAGGACGGGGUGGGUCGUCAGCCUUCUGAUGCUGUUCUCCGUCGCCGCUCUCACCCACCAUUGUAUGAUGCUCCUCGUUCGCACCCGCAGAAGGCUCGAAUCCGUUAUGGGUUUCACGAAUAUUGCCUCGUUCGGCGAUCUAGGGUUCAUCGUUUGCGGUUCGGUCGGGAGGUUCGCCGUCGACCUCAUGCUCGUUCUCUCUCAAGCUGGGUUCUGUGUUGGGUAUCUCAUUUUUAUAGCCAAUACUCUGGCUAAUCUUUUCAAUUCACCCACACCCACGAAUCUGCACCCGCGGAUCCUGGGAUUGAUACCCAAGACUGUGUACAUCUGGGGGUGUUUCCCCUUCCAAUUGGGGUUAAACUCGAUCUCAACGCUGACCCAUAUGGCUCCUCUGAGCAUUUUCGCGGAUAUUGUGGAUGUUGGAGCCAUGGGAGUGGUGAUGAUUGAGGAUGUGUUCAUUUUCUUCAAAAACAGACCUAGUGUGGAGGCUGUUGGGAGCUUAUCAAUGUUCUUCUAUGGCCUGGGCGUGGCUGUUUAUGCCUUUGAAGGUGUGGGAAUGGUUUUGCCGAUAGAAUCAGAAACCCAAGAGAGGGAAAAGUUUGGGAAAGUCCUGGCCUUGGCCAUGGCUUCAAUUUCAUUGAUGUACGGAGGAUUUGGAGCGCUGGGUUACUUCGCAUUCGGUGAAGACACAAAAGAUAUCAUCACAGCUAACUUGGGAACAGGGUUGGUGAGCUUCUUAGUCCAACUGGGGCUCUGUGUGAAUCUGUUCUUCACAUUUCCAUUGAUGAUGAACCCAGUGUAUGAGGUGGUUGAGAGAAGAUUGUAUAAUGGGAGAUACUGCCUGUGGCUGAGAUGGUUGCUUGUUUUGACAGUAAUCUUGGUGGCAUUGUUGGUUCCAAACUUCACUGAUUUCUUGUCUUUGGUUGGGAGCAGUGUCUGCUGUGGAUUAGGGUUUGUGUUGCCUGCUCUGUUUCAUUUGAUGGUGUUCAAGGAAGAAAUGGGGUGGGGAGGAGUGUCUUUGGAUGUAGGCAUUGUGGUUGUUGGUGUUGUUUUGGGGGUUUCAGGAACCUGGUAUUCUCUGGUGGAGAUUUUCUCUGUAAAGGUAUGAUAUUUUUCUUAUUCAAUGUAAAUUCUGAAUUCCUACUAAACCUCAAGCCCUGCAACUGUGGAAUAUUGAAUGAUGUUUAGUUUUAAGAAAUAUUCAAUAAAAUAAUUGUAGCAUUUUCAA